CGCGGGGCUGGGCGGGAGCUCAUCAACGGGGGGAAGCGGAUGGUUUCCACGUCCGGGAAUUGUUGCGGGGGAAAAGGAAGGGUGGAAAGCGAGGGAGAGGGAGGUCGGUCGGUUCUUUGCGGGGAGGAAUCGGCGGUGGGAGGGCGGCUCCAGGGGCCUUUGUCUUCGGGAAAAGCGUCCUCGGACGGCGACGUCCUUCGGGAACCCCCCGCCCACUCUCCGGCUGCAGCUCAUGUCCCGGCCGAGUCCCGCAUGGCCGCAGCGAGACGAACCCCCCCCGUGCGGCACCGCCACUGCGCUCCCCCCGGCCUCUUCCGACAGCGACUCCGGCUGUGCCCUGGAAGAAUACCCGGAGCCCCCCGCAGAGCCCGCGGCUCCCGAGGUCCCCGCCUGCUUCGAGAGCCGCCCCACGGAUCAACCCCGUCCUGCCGGCCGGAGCCUGCUCCGUGUCAGAGCCCUCCUGCAGCAGCUGCCGCCUCAAGACUGCGAUGAGCGGUACUGCCCCGACCUCGAGGAGGAGGAGAGGAAGCAGCUCAGGGCGUUCAGCGCCCGCCGCCGACGGGACGCGCUGGGCCAGGGGGUGGCGGUGCCGGUGCCGGGCUCCCGCCACGGCUGUCCGUGCAGGAAGUGCGGCAGGAGGCUGAGCAAAGGAGACCCCGGGAUUGCGGCGUCGCGGCUGGGAGAGCAGCUCUGGCACCCGCCCUGCUUCUGCUGCCACGUCUGCCACCAGCCCCUGGUGGACCUCAUCUACUUCCAGCAGGAUGGAAGGAUCUACUGCGGUCGGCACCACGCCGAGCUCUUUCGGCCUCGCUGUGCCUCCUGCGACCAGCUGAUCUUCUUGGAAGAGUGCAUCGAGGCUGAGGGCCGGCGCUGGCACCCGGAGCAUUUCUGCUGCCUGGAGUGCGACACACCACUGUGCGGGCAGCGCUACGUGAUGCGGAGCGGCCAGCCCUGCUGCCGCAGCUGCUUCGACAGCCUCUUUGCCGAGCCGUGCCAGGCCUGCGGGGAGCCCAUCGGUGUCGACAGCGAAGAGGCCACACACCAGGGUCUGCACUGGCACGCCUGCGCCGCCUGCUUCUGCUGCAGUCUCUGCCGAAAGCCGCUGCGUGGGCAGCCCCUCACCGCCCGCUGCGGGCGGCUAUUCUGCUCCGAGAGCUGCAGUCUGGGCCGGGAUGCGUCCUCUGCUGCCUCCACCACCUCCGAUUCCUCUGACUCGGCCUUUGUCUCGGCACCGUCCCCUGACUCGACGCCCGUCUCCAGAGCCAGCCACGCCACCAGGGCUGGGAGCACCGCGGCAGCUGGGGGCUGCAGACAGCGGGUGGAAGGGGCUGAGGUGCUACCAGAUCAGGCCUCUACACAUCCUGCGUUCAGGAGCCCAGAGGACCACGGAGCAGCUGUGGAGAGGAGCAAGGAUUCUGUGUGCACAGGGAUGCUGGGAGCAUCAACCAGCCACCCCUCCAACGUUCAGCCCUGCACAGAAGGUCACUGCAGGCUUCUGGGAGGUCCUGAAUGCCGAAUACUGCCAGGGGAUGGAAACCCACACUUCCAAGUGGGUCAGCCCCCUGCCCAACCCGGCCUACAUCUGGAGGACAUUGACCCACAGGAUAUCAUGGAAGAGGACGAUUCCUGGUGUCCCACCUGCUCUUCAUCCUCAGACUCUGACUCGGAAGAGGAGGGUUUCUUCUUUGGGAAACCCAUCCCCAAGCCCGGGAUGAGCUCUGUGGGCAGGGAGCCCCAGCGCCUGGGGCGGGCAGGGCGCAGGAUGGCGAAGCUGCGUGGCAGCAGCAAGCACUGCAGCGUGUCCUAGUGCAGGGACGCUCGGUAAGCAGGGGGCCCCAGGCGCUGCAGAGGCUGUGGGGAAGGUGGCACUUUGCGUGGUAUUGAAGCAGAGGGGCAGCGGCUGGGGGCCAAAUGCACGGGCGGAGGGGGAGAGAGGGGGAGAGUGCCUUGUAUGGCGCUGCCAUCCUGCCAGCACUUGCAGUGGUCUCAAUGCAUUGCAAAGACUUUUUAGACACAGCCCAAGGCGGAGGUGGUGGGGGGGAGGGAGAAGCUGCUGGGAUCUUUGACGAGCAGCUGCUGGCAAAGCACGGCCUGCAAUGCCUGCUGGCCUCUCCCUCAAUUAGGAACAGGUAAAGCGAGCAGAGAGCAGAGAACCAGCAGCCCGCACUGGGGUAUGGUCUGACUGCUGUCUCAGGUAAACCCAAGGCCCCAGAGAGCAGCUGUGCUCUGGGAGGGCAGCCAAGGACUUAGGACACGGGCAGACACCUGCAUGGCACCUGCUGCAGGGACUCCUGCCCAGACUGGCCAGGAGAGAUCUGGCCACCAGGGUCAGAUCCAGAUGCCAGGUGAGGAUCCCUCACUUACAGAGAUAGCUUGGAGGACCAGAGCUGAUGCUGCCCCGCAUGGGGCUGUGUCCCCUGCCACUGCAGGGAGGAGACCAGUGGGGCAGCUCUGCCACCAUGAUGGACAAUGCUCCAACAAAGCUCAGCCAAGGCCUGAAUACAGAAAAGCCAGCCACACCUGGCCUGUUUCUCUCCAGCCUGGGUUUGCAGCAGCAUUAACUGUGGUGCUGGAGAACCAUUUUUGAGGGCAGCUGAGGGGCCCCAGGGAAGGACUGGGCUGGGGUGUCACCGUGGAACCCCUCCCUGUGCCCACUGCCCCAGCAGAACAGGAACGGAGCAAUAACAGUGCAAAAAUAACUCCUUUUUAUUUAUGAAGACAAGAACAAACCACAAAUUGUAAGAGAACGUCCAUUAAAAACAAGAACAGAAUAAAGAGAGCUCCCCCCUCCCUCCAAUAAAACCAUCUCCUGUCUCUAAAA